GGAAAGCUAUCCAAGCAAUGGCACGGCAUAUUCGGAGAUAGGUGGUCGAAUCGUCUAACGUAGGUAACAUAUCAUGUUGGAAAGCUCUCUCUUGCACCGAGCGGCUGCUGACUGUCACGUUCGUCAUGGCCUUUUGGGUUCCGUUGUUCUAACCUGUCACUUGGAAACCAAGGGGCGUUCAAGGAUCUGUUCGUCAAUGAUGAGAUAGGUUACCUGUGCAACACAGACUUUGGCGCAGGCAUCGAAGGCGCGCCCAGGACCACCUAAAGCCGGCUUCAACCGCGAAGGUCAAGCUUGCGAAUCAGCCCAUACUACUUCACUUCUCUAUUUUUCCAUUGUAGAAGUGUGCUACGCCGUAUUGAUUUCCGCUCACGUCGUCAGGGACUCACAAUGAUCAUGGUAGGUAAGCCUCACUCGGCCAGAACUGUGGUAGAUGUGAUUGGUUUCAUGGGUUCACUACCUACGGGUCAAUAGAAAUUUACCGUCGCUACUUCCACCACUUCCGUCCGUGUGCACAUCUCACCACCUCUUUACUACAGGGAUAGAUUACUCUAUGACUCUUACGCGGCACUAUGUCUAGCUCUCGGUAUUGUACUUUCGUUCCGGUAGAAGGACGUUUUCUCCUCGUAGUAGCUGUGCUGACCCGCCAUAUCGGCGAGAAGUUACGAGAGUCAGUUUCAUCGCAUUUGUACAUAAGUAUCCAGGUUUCCUUCUCAUUUCAACGCACUGGCAGUACGAUAUUCUCGUUAUGUCGCCUUCUUUGACCGCCCUGACGCCUGAGGAGAGCUGGAUCUGUCUUCUCUAUCGCUGAAGAAUGGAGCGUGAACAUCGUAGAUGGCAUCCAUUCUCCUCCCACAGUGGACCGUGAAUAGAGACGUCUUUUGGUACCUAUUGAAGCGAAAGCUGCAAUUCCAUCUGUCGCUUUUAGUUGCGUUGGCGAUGGCAAAAGUAGAACCGGUGCGCAGCUCGAUGACACAGUGUCAAUGCUAUGCGCUUGCGUUCGCUCUAGGGUCCUGCCCACGGCGUGGUAGAUUUUCCAUCAACUAUGACUCAUUCGAAACUCGGUUCGUGUGUCUAACUGCUUUCGAGGGCGGUGUGCUUGAUCAAGGGGCUGCGGGGUGAGGCAUUGUUGAUAACUUUACACCGGAAGCAGGGACAGCUCGGCCGCCUGCGGGAAAACGUGUCCGCGCGUCAAGAUAGCCAGGAUCAUAGACAAGGGCAGCGAGUUGCUUCGUGAAUCAGGUAACUAGAGGUGAAAGGUGACAAGCAAUAGAACUUAUUAGCCUCUGGAUUCGCGCUUCCAGGCCGCAACUGCCAGG